GAGAUGCCUCUGUCUUCCUCCUCUUCUGAAAGACUCCGCUCUUCAACAGAAACUUAAGGCUUAGGACCGUUUUGCAGAAUCCUUCCGUACAGGUGCCAGGAGCUACUGCCAGCAGCUGUGCCCAGGGGAUGAUGAUCCUUGUUGCAUGUGUGGGUGACUGACUCUGCACUUACUCCGUCUCUCAAGGCAUUCACAUUGCAGAGGUUUGAGGGGUUCACCUUCUCCCACCAACCCACCCACUUUAUUGUGCCUGGAAUUCAGUGGAUCUCCCUGGAACACAGUCCGGUUCCAUUCUGACUCCUGGAGCUGAAGCAGCAAAGCAGAAGGCAGCUCUCCAUUACUAUGGACCCAGCGCUUGCUCUUAGGGCGGAAGGCACACAAGCGCCAGACUCGCAGAUGACGGUGAAGAAGUACUUUGUGAAGGCUCUCCAUCGGCUCCAGAAGGGCCCUGGCUACAGCUACCGGGAGCUGCUGGUCUGGUACUGUGACAACACCAACACGCAUGGGCCAAAGCGCAUAAUCCGCGAGGGGCCCAAGAAGAAGCUCAUCUGGUUCUUCCUGACCCUCCUCUUUGCCUCCCUGGUCUUCUGGCAGUGGGGCAUCCUCAUCAACACCUACCUCUCCUACAAUGUCACGGCCUCUCUGGCCAUUGGCUUCAAGACCAUGACUUUCCCGGCCGUCACCAUCUGCAACGCCAGCCCGCUCCGGUACUCCAAGGUGAAGCCCUACCUGAAGGAUGUGGAUGCCCUCAUCGAGGCUGCCCUGAUACGCAUCCUUCAGUCCGAUGGGGAGGACGAGGUAGCCGCAAUAGGCCCCGGGGCCAACAGCAGCCACACAGAGACCCUCAACCUGCGCCUGUGGGACCAGAUCCCCUUGGUGGUGAUCGACGAGAGCGACGCCGCUAACCCAGUUGUCCGCGACAUCCUUGGGGAAGGCGCCCUUGGGCUGGGGGGGCCCUACCAGAACUCCUCCUCUUUUGCCAACCCAGAAGGGAGGAAUUACAAGCUGGCACUCAAACUGUGCACCAACAAUGGCUCCAGCUGCACCUACCGCAACUUCACCAGCGCCGCCCAAGCUGUGAGCGAGUGGUACGUCCUGCAGGCCACAAGCAUCUUGUCUCGCGUGCCAGUUCAGAAGAGGAUCGAGAUGGGCUACCAGGCAGAGGACAUGAUCCUGGCCUGCCUCUAUGGGGCUGAGCCCUGCAGUUACAGAAACUUCACCCACCUCUACCACCCAGACCAUGGCAACUGCUACAUCUUCAACUGGGGCAUGGAUGAAAACCCGCUCAUCUCCUCCAAUCCUGGGGCAGAGUUUGGGCUGAAGCUCAUCCUGGACACCAGCCAAAAGGACUACAUCCCCUUCCUGACCACUACGGCCGGGGCCCGGCUCAUGCUCCACGAACAGAGGAGCUUCCCCUUCCUGAAGGACCAGGGCAUUUAUGCCAUGUCUGGCACAGAGACCUCCAUUGGCGUCAUGGUGGAUGAGCUUCAGCGGAUGGGCCACCCUUACAGUGACUGCACCACCAACGGCUCUAGCAUCCCAGUCCAGAAUCUGUAUGAGAAUUAUCCUGUCUUCCAGUUCCAGGGACGAGCAGAGCCUCCUGUGCCUUGCACCAAUUGUACGAAUGAAGAGGGCAGCGGUGGUAGCAGUGAUGAUGACAACAGUGGAAAGGACCCCACACAGGGACCCUACAGAACCAUGUACUCCAUGCAGGCCUGCCUGCGCUCCUGCUUCCAGGCUCAGAUGGUGGAGAAGUGCAAGUGUGGCCAUUACUCCUUUCCUCUCCCCGAAGGGGAAAAGUAUUGCAACAACAAAGACUACCCAGACUGGGCAUACUGCUACUCUUCCCUGAAGGUCAGCUUGGAGCACCGGCAGUUUUGCAUUGAAUCUUGCAAGGAGACCUGCAACAACACCCAGUACAAGCUGACCAUUUCCAUGGCUGACUGGCCGUCCGAAGCUUCUGAGGACUGGAUUUUCCAUAUUUUAUCCUACGAAAGGGAUAUGUCGACUAACGUGACUUUGGACAGAAAUGGGAUCAUCAAGCUGAACAUCUACUUCCAGGAGUACAACUACCGAACUAUCUCCGAGUCGGCAGCAACGACUAUCGUCUGGCUCCUCUCCAACUUGGGCGGCCAGUUUGGCUUCUGGAUGGGUGGCUCCGUCUUGUGCCUCAUUGAAUUUGGCGAGAUCAUCAUUGACUCCCUGUGGAUCACCAUCCUGACGCUGGCUGGUUGGGGCCGGGGGAUCCGGCGGAGGUGGCGCCCUGAGACCCCAGACCCGACGGACCAGAGGCUCCCCUCCAUCUCUGCGAAGGUGGAAGCCCACAUCAACCUGGCCUUCCAAGCGGAGCAGGAGGAGAAGGCCAUGUUGGGGGGCCGGCCGAGGAGUAACGGGGGAAUUGUGGCCAUCCGAGGUGCCCCCUUACCUGAACCAGGCACCCCGCCCCCCCAGUACGACUCCCUCCGGGUGCAGCCCAUGGUCCUCGGGGGGCCAGAGAGCAAUGGAGAGGCUUCUGUGGCCCAUGGGAAUGCCGCUUAAGCCCUGACUGGGAGAAGGAGAGGUGCCAAGGAGGCAGGGAGCCUCUCCUGGGUUUGGAUCCUGUUGGUGCACAACACCAGAAUAAGCAGUGGCAGCAGAGGAGAGGCCAAUGGGAGAAGCUGUCACGAAGAACAGGAAAGGCAUCAGGGAAGGAGGCCACUCAGAGCCAGGAAAUUUUGCCCACCUUUGCCACAACUGAAGUGUUGAGACUCAGGGAAAGGUGCAGCCAUUGGCAUGGGGUCUGCAUCUUGUGCCCAGCUUAAAUGCUUACUACUCUCAGAGAGAGAGAGAGAGACCCCUAGACCUAGACCUCCAAGGGCCAUCUACUCCAACCUCAGGUCAUUGGGGAAACCUACAACUGACAUGCCAGUGUCCAUGUCAGGACAUUAAAGUCCUCCAACAAAGGGGGAACAGGUGCUGGAACAGAUGCUCCUGAAAAACAAGUGCUUCUCUUAACUCUCAGAUUCUUUUGGACCACCUUUGGUUGUGCUGGCAUGGGCUAAAGUUUGCAGAACGUUUGCAGAAUGGCUCCAUUUCUUUGGCUGUGAAAAAUGCGCAUCUCAGUCUCCAACUUCCGUGGGUCUAACUUUCCAUGUGUGGCAGCCCUUCUACACAAGAUGGAGUGUCUGCCUCCUUUAGCUUUGGUUGCAGUAGUGUCUUUGGGGCAAGAGUGAUAGAGCCACUGGGGCUGGGAUGCAACCCUCCAGACAUGAUUGAAUUGCAACUUCUAGUAUUCCUCACCAUGCGUGGAGGGGAAUGAUGGGAAUUGUAGUUGGCUAGCCUCUCAAAGACUACAGAACUCCCAGCCCUACACUACAACCAUAAAAGCCUUCCAACUCUCAGGGCUGCAAGCUCACAUUGACAGAAACAUCUUUUUCUGUGCUUCCUUGGUGGUGUUUGUACAUCAGCACUUGCUGCUUUCCCAGAGUCCUCCUGGCUUCUAUCUUCCUCCAUGGGGCUAGCACUAAAAGGCAUGGGCACACACAAUAUUAUCUGUCUCCUGGAACUGGCUUGUGUCCCCUCCUAUCCUACUCUCCUGUUCUCCUUUAUGGGCACCAGAGAACUUGUUAACGUGUGUUGGGAAAGAACCAAUAAA